CAAUAAAUAAAUUCGUUCUUUCAGGUGUCCGUAGAGAACAAUUGCGAAUGGGAGUAGAAGCUGGGAAGGUUAACGACGGAAAAACUGGAAGACGACGACGAAGAAGAAGAAAUCAGCAACGAUUUUGGUCCGGGUUUUGAGGCCGAGGGAGAGAGGGAGAGAGAGAGAGAGAGAGAGAGAGAGGGAGAGAGAGAGAUUUGUGUACUAUCAACAGAGCUACAGCCGAUUUUUGCUGGCGGAAAACAUGAAACCGCGGUUUGCUUUGGAUCAUUUCAUUGUGACAAUGACUUAUUCUGGUAAACUUGACUUGAAGCAACUUCCAUCCUUGAAAAGAAUUGGCCAUUGGAGUCUGCUGAGGGAAACACUAACUGGAAUCUAGAAGUUAUGCAGCAGGGAAUCAUAUGGCGUACUUCCCUUUUGAUGUAUAAUGGAAAAGCAUGCAGAACUGCCAAUAAUCUUGCUGGCAAUAGAGACUAAGGGUCGACAGGAUUCACUCAUCUGGAAUGGAUGUUGAAGUAGUUGAGGCUGAGGGGGGUAACAGAGAAAAUCAUCGGAAGGCCAAUAUUUCAUCUAAUAUGGCUGAUAAACAGGGUAUGGCAGAAAAUUCUUCUGACAGAGAGGCUCACAAUCUGGACGACGACGAUGAAAACUCUAAACCGUCCAUUGGAAUGGAGUUUGAAUCUGAAGAAGCUGCCAAGACUUUGUACGAGGCAUAUGCUAAGCGUGUGGGUUUUAGCACCCAUGUAGGUCAGUACAGCCGUACCAAGCCUGAUGGGCCUAUAGUUACUUGGGAUUUUGCAUGUUCUAGGGAGGUUUUUAAAAGGAAGAAUGUUGAAAACUGCGACGCUAUGCUAAGGAUAGAGAGAAAGGAUCCAGACAGUUGGGUUGUGACAAAAUUUGUUGAGGAUCAUAACCAUUCUAUAGUGAGUCCCAGAAGGGUUCAUUAUCUUCGCCCUCGGAGGCAUUUUGCUGGUGCUACAAAGAAUGUGGUUGAAACACUUGAUGCCCCCAGUGAUGUUUUUGUCUCUAUGGAUGGAAAUCAUGUAUCGUAUGAUCCUAAUCGUGGAGUUGGGAGUGCCUCUCCCGUCGAAACGAAUCGUGCAGGUAAGAGUUUUGGUCCUAUGAAUUACGUUCAACCCUGUAUUAGGAAGAGAAUCCUUGGAAGAGACGCUCAGAAUAUUCUCAACUAUUUCAAGAAGAUGCAGGCUGAAAAUCCUGGUUUCUAUUAUGCAAUACAGCUUGAUGAUGACAAUCGCAUGACUAAUGUGUUUUGGGCGGACGCAAGAUCAAGGACAGCUUAUAGUCACUUUGGCGAUGCAGUUAUUUUUGACACAAUGUAUCGACCAAAUCAGUUUCUGGUUCCAUUAGCUCCUUUCACUGGUCUAAAUCAUCAUGGUCAGAUGGUUUUGUUUGGCUGUGCAUUACUUUUAGAUGAGUCCGAGUCUUCCUUCACUUGGUUAUUUAGGACAUGGCUGUCUGCAAUGAAUGAUCGGCCACCUGUUUCUAUAACCACUGACCAAGAUAGAGCCAUCCAGGCAGCUAUUUCUCAGGUGUUUCCAGAAACACGGCACUGCAUUUGCAAGUGGCAUAUCUUGAGAGAAGGUCAAGAAAGGUUGGCUCAUGUAUAUCUUGCGCAUCCUUCAUUUUAUGGGGAGCUCUAUAGCUGCAUCAACUUUUCUGAGACAGUUGAGGAUUUUGAAUCAUCAUGGGGAUCACUCCUAGAUCGAUAUGAUCUUCGUAAGAAUGAGUGGCUUCAAGCUGUCUAUAAUGCUCGGCAGCAGUGGGCGCCUGUCUUUUUUCGGGGCACCUUCUUUGCUGCACUUUCAUCAAACCAAGGGGUUAGCUCCUUUUUUGAUGGAUACGUGAACCAACAAACUACCAUACCAAUGUUUUUUAAGCAGUAUGAAAGAGCUUUAGAAAAUUCAUUGGAAAGGGAGAUAGAAGCUGAUUAUGAUACGAUUUGCACAACGCCAGUGCUGAAGACUCCAUCACCAAUGGAACAACAGGCAUCAAAUCUCUACACCAAGAAAGUUUUUUCCAAGUUUCAGGAGGAGUUGGUUGAGACUUUUGUGUAUACUGCUAAUAAGGUUGAGGGGGAUGGCGUGGUCAGCAAAUUUAGGGUUGCUAAAUAUGAGCUUGAUCACAAGGCAUACAUGAUCAUGUUGAAUAUGUCUGAAAUGAAAGCAACUUGCAGCUGCCAGAUGUUUGAGUACUCGGGCAUUCUAUGUCGGCACAUAUUGACUGUCUUCACUGUGACAAAUGUUCUGACCCUUCCGUCCCAUUACAUAUUGAAUAGAUGGACAAGGAAUGCCAGAGUUGGUUUUGGAUCUGCAGAAAAUGAUGCAGAUACCCAAUUUAUUGACUCUCUGACCUCACGCUUCAAAACUUUAUGUCGGGAAGCUGUUAAGUUUGCAGAGGAAGGGGCGAUUGCUGCCGAGACCUAUAAUGCAGCGAUGACUGCUCUAAGAGAUGGUGCAAGGAAGAUUGCAGAUGUAAAGAAAAAUGUGGCUAAAGUUGCACCUCCUUCCUCUCACGGAAGUGGAAGUAUUCAGGAAGACAAUAGCAAGAAGACGGCUAUACCGACUUUUGAUAUGAGUCCACCAUUGUGGCCCUGGCAUGAUGUGAUGCCACAUCACUUUAAUCUUAACGAUGUUGGGGUUCCUGUUGCUGAUUUGAAUCAGCCUAGCAUGGCUCCUGUUUCUAUUACCCGUGAUGGUGGUGGUACUGAUAACACGGUGGUGCUCACUUGUUUCAAGUCUAUGACUUGGGUAAUUGAAAAUAAAAAUUCGACAUCGUCCAGUAAAGUAGCUGUAAUUAACCUGAAGCUGCAAGACUAUGGUAAAACUCCUUCGGGAGAAGCAGACGUGCAGUUUAGAUUGACAAGGGGUACGCUGGAGCCUAUGUUGAAAUCCAUGGCUUAUAUCAGUCAACAGCUCUCAGCAUCAGCCAACAGAGUUGCAGUUAUCAAUCUGAAGCUCCAAGAUACUAAGACUACUACUGGAGAAACGGAGGUGAAAUUUCAAGUUUCAAGAGAUACAUUAGGUUCCAUGUUGAGAUCAAUGGCCUACAUUCGUGAGCAACUUUAAGAAUCCGAAAAGAACUACUCGGUUGCUAUGGAGGCAGCGGAGGUGUGUUCGUUUUUUGUUUAUGAUCACUAGUCUACCAUGUUGAUGUUUCGAUCAAUGCCAUUGCCACCGAUAUGGAUAGUAGUAGACGUAGCGUGAGAUUCUAACUCGUUCUUAGAAAAGGGUCACCCUCUAUUUUCCAGUAACCCCACGUUCUGGAAACUACUUGUGUACAUGUUAAGUUGGGAUAGCCCACCCUCCCUAUAAAUGUAUCAAACGAGCAUCGGCUAUGGAUCCAUGUAUAUUUCAUCUUACUAGGAAUAUAUUUAUAUCUGUUCGGUUGUAUCCACGAAACAUUGCACAGUUAUUCUACUUCACCAACGAAGGAUUUCUUUA